UAUAUAUAUCGGCGGAGUAAUGUUCCCAUUUUGCGUGGCAUAUAUUCCAGAGGUUUUGUCGAUACAAUCUGUUGCUGGCUCCGAGUUAACUGUUAUCACCGUGUGAUAUAAUAGAGAAGAUGCAUGGAGUCAAAAAUCCAGUACAAGGUGAUUGUUUAGCACAGAUAUGGUGUUCCUAUAACAGUUAGUUUUUUCUUGUUCUCCGAUGCAGUAUAUUUACUCGAGCUAAGCAAACGCCCUGACCUACUUACAUUCACGAUGUCCACAGCUGGAGAAUACUCUACCACGAACGAAGAAAAAACAUGUGAUAAAGAAGUCCCAGUAAUGAAUGAGCCAGCAGAAGUUCACGAAAGCGGCCCUGUGAAUGAGAAAGACAUAAAUGGCGCGGAUAAAAUCCCAUAUGUGAUGCCAAUGACUGCUACUACUACAGGUAGCAGUAGUAAUAAAGCAUUAGCAGCUGCAGAUACGAAAGAAAAAAGUAUCGCUCAAGGAUGUAACCCUGACAGUGAUCAAAUCGGUUUAAAGAGUUUUGAUGCUGCUCAAAACAAAAUAGAAGACUGUGCCACAGGUACUAUGGAUGCAGAAACAUCAUCUGCUUCUAGCAGCAGUCUUGAUAAUGGGCCUCAGUUUACCAAGGAUGAGGUAACUGGUGAUGCUACUAGGAAGUCAGACAACAGUGUUGAGCAUGUUGAUAAAUGUUUAAUCUGUGGUCCACCAACAGGCACUUCAAGGAUCGAAUACACUAAACUCUCUUCUUGUCCUGAAAUUCAGAAUGAGAUUUGUGAACUUUUGAAAAUACUGUCUCCUCCAGAUGAUUCAGAUGUUUGUUGUGAUAGAUGCUUGGGCUUAAUGAAAAAUUUUGUCAGACUUAAAAAUGAAUAUCUUAACAUGAAACGGAAAAUAAUUGCACUCCAUAUUGAUGCACAACUUGAUUUACGAGAGAGUUGCAACAAUAAGGUAUCAGAGUCUGAAGUUUGUGAAAUAACUGAGCCCACGGAUAAAAUCAACAAACCCAACUACCAGGAACAAAAUUGUGCAAUGUUGGUCAAGCAUGAAAAUAUUGAUCUUGGAUUUGAUGAUGACAGUGACAGUACUGAAGAAGAAGUGCCACAAAAAAGGAAAAGGGAGAAUCCUCCCAGAAGGAAAACUUUCAAAUGCCAGAACUGUGAUAAAAUAUUCAGGAGGAAGGAUGAAUUGGUUGUCCACGAACGAACUCACACUGGCGAAAGACCAUUUAAAUGUCAGUUCUGUGACAGCAGUUUUCAUAGAAAAAACAUUUGUGUAAAGCAUGAAAAGAAACAUCUAGAUAAGCCAUUCAGAUGUAAAUAUUGUGUGAGAAUUUUUUCCACCAGGGAGGAAUGUGAAGAGCAUGAAAAUACUCACACUUUGAUACGUCCAUACCAGUGCCUGCAUUGUGGCAAAACUUUUGCAAGGAAAGGGGAAAGUACCUUGCAUGAAAGGACUCACACAGGGGAAAGACCUUUCAAAUGUGAGCACUGUGAUAAAAGAUUUUUCAGAAAGAAUGCAUGUGUAAAACAUGAAAAGAAAACACACAAGGGUUUGGUAUCAACAAGAAAAACUGUUUCAUCAUCAGAGAAAACAAGUUGCAAAAAGAUGGUUCCUCAAGCAGGACCAUUCAAGUGCUCACAGUGUGAUAAAACAUUCAAAAAGAAAUGGGAAAGUAUAGCACAUGAAAGAAUUCAUACUGGAGAAAGGCCUUUUCAGUGUCAACACUGUGAAAAAACCUUUAUCAGGAAAAAUUCAUGUGUAAAGCAUGAGAAAAAACAUUCUAUUAAAUCAUUUAACUGUUCUCAUUGUGGUAAAAUUUGUUUGGGAAAGAGAGCACUAGACAAGCAUGAGAAAACUCACUUUGGUGGUAAGCCAUAUAAAUGUAGGGGCUGCGAUAAGACAUUUGCCUGGAGAACGCAAUGGGAAGAACAUGAAAGAAUUCACACCGGAGAAAAGCCUUUCCUGUGUCAGUUCUGUGAUAAACGUUUCACACAGAGUUCUACUUGUUUAUUGCAUGAAAGGACACAGCACACUGGCGAAAGACCAUUCAAAUGUCAGUAUUGUGAUCAGGCAUUUGCAACCAAAGGAUAUCGUGAAGUUCAUGAACGCUACCACACUGGUGAAAAACCAUUCAAAUGUAGUUACUGUGGAAAGGCAUUUAUAAGAAAAGGUAACUGCAGAGACCAUGAACGAACUCACACGGGUAUUAAGCCAUAUGUGUGCUUGUACUGCGGAAAAGGAUUUUUUGACAAAAGUGAUUGUGUUGUACACGAAAGAAUUCACACAGGUGAAAGACCAUUUAAAUGCCAGUUCUGUGAUAAAACAUACACCACCAAGAAACACUGUAUACAGCAUGAAAGAACCCACAGUGGAGGGAAGGCAGCCAAAAAGCAGACAUCUGGUAGUACAUUGAAAAACGUGGUUCCUGACCACGCCUACAAACUUCUGGACUAUAACAACAAAUUAAAAAAUCUGGACAUGGACGGCACCUUUAAAAGUCAGCAUUCUGAGAACACUUUCAGAACUCCCCUGCCCGAUCACUCAUAUCUAAGUCAGCACCCCAGUAACUUAUUUGGAAAUCAGCAGCCUGAUAACAAUACAUUUAGAGGUCCACAUUCUAGUAGUGCCUUCCCUACCCCUGAAGUUGUAUACCCACCUGGAGACAAUCCAUACCUAUAUGGCAUGUACAUGCCAGGAGUGUGAUGUAAAAAUCAGCCUAUAUACAGCAUUUAAAUUAUCAUGAUUGGCGCACGAGACUGCAAACAUUAUUGCCCUCACCCAUUCUGUGUCAUUUCAAUAAACAGUGAAUGAAACCUAAAAUGAAAGUAAAGUAUAUGGUUGAUCGUGAAGAAAAUAUUUUGCAAAUAUGUGCAUAGCUGUGUCAGACUGGAUAUUGUAGAUGUUUACACUACUUGUGUAUUUGAAAAUUUUAAAGAUUAUAUGCCAAUUUGAUGGUUACAUAUAAGGCUUAUUUCAAAAGUUGAUUAAAAAGGCCUUUUAAUACCGUCUGUUAACAGUCUGUAGCAUUAAUCAGAAAAAUAUUUUAUUGCAAUAUAUGUCAAUGAUUAAAGGAUCACAAUUUUUACAAAUUAUCAAUAAAA